AUGCAGGCAGCAGCAAAGUACUUUCGGAAGGGGAAUAAUGGAGAAGGGUGGCGGGCUGCAGUUGAGGCUGAAGUGGUGGAAGUGGUUGAUGGUGGUGGAAAUAACGAGGAGGAGAAGAUGAUCCAGGGUUCAGGGCCUGAAGAGGUGGCUGCUGUGGUGGAGGAGGAGGCGAAUGGGGUUUUGGAUUUGAACGCAACGCCAGUGGUGGAGAGCGACGGGGCGGAAGAUCUGGGAAUGAGUUUAGUUAUACCGUGCGCACGUGUGAAUUCUGAUGGCUACAGCAAUUCGAAAGCAAAAGCGACCAUAUGGUGA